AUGCCGCCACGAAAUGUCUUCUCCGCGGACUCCGCAGAGCAUCAAAGCCGGUAUGGCCGGUCUUUCACCUCCAGUUCGCCCAUUGCCGAAGCAGCUAUUUCUCGAGACUUAGCCCACUACACCGACGAUGAUUCCUUUGCCACCGAUACCUCGGGAUCCUCGACAGUACGUCCAUCCAGUAGCCAUGCCGGGACGAAUCCUCACUCGCUAGCCGGGUCUUAUCGCCGCCCAGGUUACUUCACCACCGUCAAUCACACUACAACCAUCCCCGCCCAUGGUGAUUACCAACCCUUGACCUCCCGCGAACGUGAACAAGCAAUUCAAGAGGAACACGCUCUGUUAGGCGACAACAAUGUCAUUCCAAUUUCGCAGAAACCCCGUCGACUGUCGCAUACAUUAAGCAGUCUUUUCUCCACCUCUCCAAGCCAGGGACAAGGAAGCUCCUCCAAGCCGCAAGAGUCUUUCCGGGCCGUCUCGACACAUGAAGACCUGGGAACAGAGCGAAAUCCCACUGAGGCUACGGCCUUGUUGGGAUCCCCAGAUGAUAAUGAGAUGGGACCGGAGGAGAUCGAUCGGAAAUGGGAAGAAGCUGUGAUCGCAGGAUUAAUCAAUACCACUUGGAAGCGGGAAUCCGAAGUCAUCGCCCGAUACUCCCUGCCGCUCAUGGUAACAUUCCUGUUACAAUAUUCUCUAACGGUCGCCAGCAUUUUUACAAUCGGACAUUUGGGCAAGGAAGAGCUAGGAGCUGUCAGUCUGGCGAGUAUGACGGUGAGUAUCACUGGAAAUGCGGUAUUUUCCGGUCUUGCAACAAGCUUGGAUACCCUCUGUGCCCAGGCGUAUGGAUCCGGCAAGCGGAAGCUCGUGGGUCUUCAGAUGCUCCGGAUGAUCUAUUUCCUCUGGAUCGUGACCAUCCCCAUCGCCGUGCUGUGGUAUUUUUCGGACCACAUUCUAGCCAAGAUUGUCCCGGAGCCAGAAGUCGCAAAGAUGGCGGGUCUGUAUCUAAAGGUUGCUCUUCUGGGGACUCCCGGAUAUGCUUGUUUUGAAAGUGGAAAGCGAUACCUGCAGGCUCAGGGUGUCUUCUCAGCUUCUCUUUAUGUGCUGAUUGUUUGUGCGCCUCUGAAUGCGUUCAUGAAUUGGUUUUUUGUCUGGAAAUUGCAAUGGGGAUUUAUUGGUGCUCCAAUUGCAGUUGCCAUCACAGAGACUCUUCUCCCCAUUGGCCUUUUCAUCUAUACCUACUACUUUGUUGGGAGUGAGUGUUGGUGUGGCUUUUCCAGACGAGCCUUUCAAAAUUGGGGCCCCAUGAUCCGUCUCGCUCUGCCAGGCUUGAUCAUGGUGGAGGCCGAGUGUCUCGCCUUUGAAGUUCUCACGUUGGCAUCAAGCUAUCUCGGCACUACCGAGCUAGCCGCCCAGUCUAUUCUCUCCACUCUCUCGAGUAUCACAUGGCAGAUCCCAUUCCCCCUCUCAAUCGCAGGCAGCACGCGAAUUGCAAAUCUGAUCGGUGCCUCGCUGGUCGGUGCCGCGAAGACAUCCGCCAAGGUGAGCUUCUGUGGAGCCACUAUCGUGGGACUGUUCAACAUGGUUCUACUUUCCAGUUUACGCUCCUACAUCCCUCGACUAUUUAGUUCCGAUCCAGAGGUGAUAGACCUAGUGGCCCAGGUUCUUCCUCUGUGUGCAGCGUUCCAACUCUUCGAUGCACUGGCUGCCAACUGCAAUGGUAUCCUUCGGGGUCUGGGCCGACAAGAGAUUGGUGGCUAUAUUCAGCUCUUCUGUUACUAUGUCAUCGCUAUGCCGAUCAGUAUGGGGACAACCUUUUGGUUGGACUGGGGGGUCAUGGGCCUCUGGACUGGUGUAGCGUUGGCUCUUCUGCUUGUCUCCGCGAUCGAAGCGAUCUUCAUCACUCGAAUAAGCUGGGAGCAUUCAGUCGAAGAGGCUUUACAGCGGAAUGAGCUAACCUAA